AUGGGAUACUAUGGAAAGUGCAUCAAGGUUGUGAUCGAGCAACUGGACAAGUUCAAGCCGGAGAAGGACAGACCUGAGCAGUUCCUGGAGAUGGCAUCCAGCACCCUGCAGGAUCUGAGUGCCCAGAAGCGGUCCUUCAUCUUAGAAGUUCUUUCUGGCUGCCUUGAGUAUCGGAAGUUGCUGACUAUUGUGGUAGAUGCCUUCUAUGUGCGAGAUGGCCGGUUCUCCCUGUGGGCUGACUACAACCUGUUCCUGGUGAUCUGCUACCUGGCCACCUUCCAAAUGGAGGAGCUGGGCUUUCAGCUCUUCUGCAGCAUCAUCAAGUCCCAGUCCGCAAGCAAGACAUCCAAGUUCCUCAGAUUUUUCUUCAGCCCGCUAAACCUGUGCUCGUGGAUCAAGGAUGAAUGGAGCCUCGUGUAUGAGGCGACCCACGUGACCAAGAACUGGAUUGAUCCCCUGUUGAGAUGGCAGCCAGAGGUACAGGAGCUGGUCAGCCAGCUGGAGGGAGAGCCAGCUACUACCUCAUUUCCCUCAAAGACCAAGAUCAAGGCCACAACCCCCAAGGAGUUCAACCUGACCGUUCCCAAGCCCCGUGCCAUUCCAGCACCUGAGCCCAUCCCUGAUGUGGCCCAUCCCAACCAGAUUCCACAGAGCACCUACCAGGAGCCUAAGAAGCAGCAGCUGUUGCAGAUGGUCAAGACAUACAACCGCAGGAAGGCUGAGGAGCUGCUGCUGAGGGCAAACAUGGAGGAGCUGCAGUGCGCCAUGCCCAGGGCACAUAAGGAGCGGCCAGCACAGGGCUCCAGGAAGCAGCUGAAGUUUCGACCUGCACCCCACAUCCAAAGGACUCCAAAGCUGACCUUCUACAGGGUGGAUGCCAAGAUGGCAUGGCCUUGCUGCAAGGUGCUCGUCUUUGAGACAAAGCCUGGGCCUGGCAAGCGGAAGAGCUGCAGACUGCUGUGUCUCCAGCGGACGGGCCUCCAGGGCCCGCUGCCUGUGGACAGCCAGAUGCUCAUACAGGCACUGAUGCUUCCAGCCGCUGUGGAGGCCUCGCCACACGGACUCAGCCCUCAGCUCUGCCCCCUCCUGGGGGCGGGGAGUCCCAUCCUGGAGCUAGUGAGGGGCAACCACCCAGACGUCAGCCUAUCAGCAUGGAGACGCUCCCAGGAUGGCAGGAAGCAGGAGGGGAAGUCCAAACACACUCCUUACGGCAUCGCAGGGGUCCUGUCCAGGCUGUGGCCGGCUGAGGUUGGGCGGCAAGCAGAGGUUGACAAGCUGAUGGACGGGUGCGGGGACUUCUCCGAGUUUCUCAAGUGGCAGGAGAAGAUGCAGGCAAAGGACCGGGAGGAGCAGCUGGCUGCAGGCGAGUGCCGACGGCUGCAGGGCAAGCUGAGCCAUCUGGAAGCCGUUCUGGCCCGACAGAACCUCAUCCAGCAGAAAAAGCAGAAGGCCGACCAGAAGAAGGAAGAGACGGCAGCGUUGAUGCUACAGUGCACCCAGAGGCGCCAGCAGGAAGACAGGUGCAUGAAGGAGCUGGUGGAGCAGGUGAUAGAGUCACAGAAGAAUGUCAAGGUGGCCCAGAUGAAGCUUGUAAAAGGCCGGCGGGAGAUAGUUCAGGAGGUGAUGGAGGAGAGCCGGGAGCUGCUGCAGCGCAUGGCUGAGGAGGCCAGGGAGGAGCAGAGGCAGCGCUGCAGGCUCAUCUCCCAGCUGCGUGCUCUGGAGACACAGCCCACGCGCAAGGGCAAGCUGGUGGACCUCACCCAGAUCCCCGGCUAUGGCCUGGAGGGAGAGAUGUCUGUUGUGGAGCUUCAAGAGCGACUUGUUCUGCUCAGAGAGGCCCAGAGGCGCCAGGAGGAGGAGAAGCGGGAUCAGAUCAUAGAGAGCAAGCGUGCUAAGAGCCUGGAGCUGCAGAACACAGUCGAGCAGAUCUCCCUGUGCCGUGCAGCCAUGGGGAGGACGGCAGCCUUGCGAGCUGCCCGCGGCGGCGGACGCCCCCGGACCCCGGAGCCGGAGGCUCGAGGGCGGAGCUGCGCGGCAGCCGCUCUCGCGAGAAGAUUGAGGACAGCGCGGCCGGCCGCGGGCGUGGGGACGGCGGAGGCCAAUGGGGACGAGCGCGGGGCGGGGCCGAGCCCAGGCCCGCAGAGCGGAAGUGGGUUGCUCCGGGGCGGAGGAGUCGUGCUCGAGCGGUUCUCCGCGGCAUAG